AUGCUCCGAGAGCACGAGUUCGACUCCCUCGCGGCCACUAUUGCCUUGAGCUGCGAGAUCUCGUUGCCCGGAGCGCCCUUGGCCAAAGCAUCUCCGCAGUUGCAAGAGAAGCUCGCGCACGUGAAGAUGAUCAUGUCGCAAGUGAUCACCACGCACUUCCAUGCAAACGCAGAGGUGCGGAUGCCCACUCGCGGCAUAGCGGUCUCCACCUACUUCCAGGCUUCGGCUCAUCUGCUUAUGGACAUUGCACGGCUGCUUCAGCUGGAUGCGGACUUUGGCCAAGGAGCCAUGGUCAGGGUUCCUCAGUGCCGCCCGUGGGCGUUCGGGGGCACACCAUUGGUGGCUGCCCUACCGGCUGACUAUGUAGUGCCGAAGGUCUGGGAGCAUACGGAGCAAGGUGGAACCUUUGGUGGAACGAACCGGCCCUAUGCAGGGGCUUGGGGCGAGGACAAGCCCUUGCCAAAGGGUGAGCAUAAGAUCCAGCUCUAUUCCAUGGCAACCCCGAAUGGGGUGAAGGCCACAAUCUUUUUGGAGGAGCUUGUAGACGCGUUGCCGAACUUCGAGUAUGACGCCUGGUUUAUUCCCAUUAACGGUGCGCAGUUCACCUCUGGCUUUCACGCGGCAAACCCCAAUUCCAAGAUCCCUGCGAUGAUGGACUACACCGACUCGUCGAAGCCGGUCCGGGUCUUCGAGUCAGGCUCCAUUUUGCUCUACUUGGCCGACAAGUUCGACAAAGAAGGGCGCUUCUUUCCUAAGGAAUAUCCCGCCCGUGCAGAGUGUCAAAACUGGCUCAUGUGGCAGAUGGGCACCGCGCCCUUUCUCGGAGGAGGCUUUGGACACUUCUACCACUACGCACCAGUGAAGAUCGAAUAUGCGAUCAACCGGUAUGCCAUGGAGACUAAGAGGCUUUUUGAUGUACUGGACAAGCACCUAGGAGAAGGAAACAAGAAGUACGUGUGUGGAGACCAGUAUACCAUUGCCGACAUGGCGAUUUUCCCCUGGAUCGCAGGCUUUGUUGAUGGCAUCAUCUAUGGCGAAGCCCAAGAGUUUCUGCAAGUGAAGGAGUACAAACAUCUUUGCGCCUGGUCCAAGCGCAUUGGAGACCGCGCCGCGGUGAAACGUGGAGUCAUGGUGAACCGGGCCUGGGGCGAGAAGUCCAGCCAGCUCCACAAUCGACAUGCGCGCAGCGAUUUUCAAUCUAAGACGCAGGACAAGUUGGAGGCGAAAUGA